GCAACACUAAAGUGACAGCUAGUGCAAUUUUUUUUACAAAUCUAAUCAAAAUAUUGAUUUCCUCUUUCAUUUUAGAAAAUUGUACCUAGGUAGGUAUUUCAAAAUAAUAAUUAUCAUACAGAAACAAAGAUCUUUAUUGAUGUACAACAUGAGCCCUGUUGAAAGUGUGCCAGUAGCUGUUUUAACUUGCGUUGAUGACUAUGUGGAAUUGCUUUAUGAUGAUAUACCAGAAAAGAUUAAAGGGUCAGCACUUAUAUUGCAGUUGGCCAGAAAUCCAGAUAACUUGAUUGAACUAGCUAGAAAUGAAGCUCUUUUAAGUGCACUCUCAAGAGUUUUGCGAGAAGAAUGGAAAAGAAGUAUUGAACUAAGCACAAACAUUGUCUAUACCUUUUUUUGUUUUUCAACCUACAAUGAAUUUCAUCCAGUAAUUAUUCAAUACAAAAUUGGUUCAUUAUGCAUGGAUGUAAUAGAAUAUGAGCUUAAACGUUAUGAUCAAUGGAAAGAGAAAGUGGAAGGGAAGAAACAGAUGCUUACACCAGACAAGAAUGAUCCACCUAAAAGUCGGAUUCCAGAACCAAAGCGUCGUCCUAAAUCUGGCACAUGGGCUGUGGCUGAUGUAAACAUACAAAAGUCUCGUACUUUAGUGUCCAGUUAUCAUGAAGAUUUGUGUAAUGCUUCUGAAGACGGAUGGACUAAAAAUGAUGAAGAGCAGAUGAAGAGAAAGUUGAAAACAUUGUCCAAACGACAAGAACAGUUGCUGAGAGUGGCUUUCUACAUGUUACUCAAUAUUGCAGACAAUGUUAAAGUUGAAGAAAAGAUGCACAAAAAAGAUAUUGUUGGGCUUCUUAUUGGCGCAAUGGAAAGACAUUCCAAUAUAGAUUUAUUGAUCCUUAUUGUCUCCUUUUUACAGAAGUUAUCAAUUUUUGUUGAAAAUAAAAACAGCAUGGCUUCACGGGGUAUUGUGGAAAAACUAGCUCCUUUAUUAGACUCUCAAAAUGCUGAUUUAGUCAAUGUCACAUUAAAGCUACUCUUUAAUUUGACUUUUGAUACAAAAUUACGAAAUAAAAUUAUCAAAUUGGGACUCUUGCCUAAAUUUAUGCAGUUUACAAGUGAUGAAAAGCAAAUUAAUUUGGCAAUGAAAAUAUUAUAUCACCUGAGUAUGGAUGACCGCGUAAAAAUAAUGUUUACACAAUCAGAUUGUGUCAAAUUGCUGACGGACAUGCUGCUGCUGAACGUUAGUAGCGAGUCCUUCGCGAGCGGAUCGCCGUCGACGACGGACGUGCUGCUGGCGCUGUGCGUCAACCUGGCGUGGAGCGCGCGCGCCGCGCAGCAGAUGGCGGGCGACGGCCGCCUGCGGGAGCUGCUGGCGCGCGCCUUCCGCCACGCCAACACUAUGCUCAUGAAGCUCGUGCGCAAUCUUUCGCAUCACGAUAUCAAUAAUGCUCUGUUUGUUGAGUUUGUGGGCGACAUCGCUGGGGCAGUCACGAACAGCGAGGUUUCGGAAGAAUUUCUUAUCGAAUGUCUUGGAACUCUCAACAAUAUAUUGAGUGCGAGUAACAAUAUAGACAUAAACGCUGUGGUGGAGAGAUACAAUUUAAUUCCAUUUAUUAUGAAGAUUUUGGAUCCAGAGAGCGCUUGCGACCCGGAGUUGUUGCUGGAGGGCGUGGUGUGGUGCGGCGCAGCGGCGCGUGAGCCGGCGACGGCGGCGGCGCUGCUGCGCGCGGGCGCGGCGGCCGCGCUCGUGGCGCUGCUGCGGCUGCGGCAGGCUGACGACGACCACGUGCUGCAGACUGUGUUCGCCUUCCGCCAGCUGCUCUCCAACCCCAGCAACGCUGACUUCCUCGUCUCCAGCACAGAAGCUCCAGCAUAUUUGAUAGAUCUCAUGCAAGAUAAAAACGUUGAAAUCAGAAAAAUGUGCGAUUCCUGUCUCGAUAUUAUAUCUCAGAUGCAAAAUGAAUGGGCUGCCAGAAUUAAGGUGGAGCGGUUCCGCUGCCACAACGGGCAGUGGCUGUCGGUGGUGGAGACGCUGGGCGCGGAGGGCGCGGCUGAGAGCGACGAGCUGCCGCCCUACCUCUGUGCCGAGUACCUCACCACUCACCGCCUCGCCACGCAGGAUUCUCUAACAUCGCUUAACGAUUCAGACAGUUUUUCUGGAGACGGCGAUAACAACAGGAAUGGCGAUGCUAACACUGAUUCAUUUGGCGUAGAACAAAUUAUAGAAAAAACAGGAAAUAACGCUUUAUACACAAACGAUAUUGACGUAAAUGCCUAGAAGCGAUAUUGCUUAUCACUAAUAACUAUUUGCGUUCGCUUUCCAAAAUUAAUGCCAAUUUUCAUCGAAGCCGAUCUUCACAGUCAGUCUCCGUCGUGCGCCAAUCACUUAAUAAAUACAUAAAUGAACUUACACUUGGCAGUAUUAUACAUAUAUACAGGAUAUUUUUUUGAAACUGCACUUCAGUACAAGAAAUUGUGUUCCAAAAUAAAUACACAGUGAAAGGAGAUAUAGAUUUCCAACUUUUUGGUACAAAUCAACUUGGGGCAAAAUUACAAUUUAUGUAUGUAUAACUUUCGAACCGUUGGUCUGAUUUUUAUGAAAUUUAAAAGGCAUGUAAAAUCUGUCAAUAGAGUUUUUAAGUUCGUAGGGUAGCAAAAUCGAUUAAGUCGUUUUUGAAAUAUACACAAUUUUGUAAAAAAUCAUCAAAAAUUUAUUGUGUUCGCGAUGUCGAAGUUCGUGGCGAACAACUAGUCAUAUUGUCAGAUCAGUUGAUUAGCCAAUUUAUUUUAUGGAAAUUGGUGAUUUGAUCAGAUUUGUCAUCCAAAUUUGUGCUGUGUAAAAUAAUACCCUGUGUAUAGGCAAUAGUAUAUUCAUAUAGAUAAAUAUAGCUCAUAGUAUAUAAUGUAAUAUCUAAUAUAAUAAUAACGGAUAUAAUAUUAUAAUAAACGAGCCAUUUUAUGGAACAUA